CUACACCAUCAACAAUUUCCUCUUCCUUCUUAUAGCACUUACCAUGGAAGAGAACAAGAAAAGUGUUGGUUUCACUGAAGAGCAAGAAGCUCUAGUGGUAAAGUCAUGGAAUGCAAUCAAGAAAAAUUCUGGAGACCUCAGUCUCAAGUUUUUCACCAAAAUACUGGAGAUUGCUCCACCAGCUAAGAAUAUGUUCUCAUUCUUAAAAGAUUCAAAUGUUCCUUUGGACCAAAAUCCUAAACUCAAGCCUCAUGCCAUGUCUGUCUUUCUCAUGACAUGUGAAUCGGCAGUUCAACUGCGUAAGGCUGGAAAAGUCACAGUGAGAGAGUCAAAUUUGAAGAAAUUAGGUGCCACUCAUUUCAAAACCGGUGUAAAAGAUGAACAUUUUGAGGUAACAAAGCAAGCACUAUUGGAGACAAUACAAGAAGCAGUAACUGAGAUGUGGUCAGAAGCUAUGAAGAAUGCAUGGGGAGAAGCUCAUGAUCAACUGGCCAAGGCCAUCAUAGCUGAAAUGAAAGAAGCUGCUAAUGCCAAUUUGAUAACAGCUAACAUGGAAGAGAACACAACUAGUUCUUUCACAGAGGAACAAGAAGCUCUUGUGGUCAAGUCAUGGAAUGCAAUCAAGAAAGACUCUGGAGAUCUCAGUCUCAAGUUUUUCACCAAAAUACUGGAGAUUGCUCCACCAGCAAAGCAACUCUUCUCAUUCUUAAAGGAUUCAAAUGUUCCUUUGGACCAAAAUCCUAAGCUCAAGCCUCAUGCCAUGUCUGUCUUUCUCAUGACAUGUGAAUCAGCGGUUCAACUCCAAAAAACUGGUAAAGUGACAGUGAGAGAAUCAAAUUUGAAGAAGUUAGGUGCUACUCAUUUCAAAACCGGUGUAAAAGAUGAACAUUUUGAGGUAACAAAGCGAGCACUAUUGGAGACAAUACAAGAAGCAGUGCCUGAGAUGUGGUCAGAAGCUAUGAAGAAUGCAUGGGGAGAAGCUCAUGAUCAACUGGCCAAAGCUAUCAUUGCUGAAAUGAAAAAAGCUGGACAAGAUCAGAAUGGCAUUUCCAAACCCUCCUCUUAGACUCUGUUUCUAUAUAAUAAUAAUAAUUAUGUUUUUUCUAAUUUCCUCUCAAUUUCAAUAAGUGAGUAUUGGUAACAAAAUUACGGUAGCACCGCGGUUUUGUUUAUGUUACAAAGAUUAGAUUUUGUGAAAUUAAGGUUGUUGGUUUUGAUUUUGUAAGACUCAUGGCAAGUUCAAUAAGUGUUGAUUA